AUGGAUGCGGGGGAUCUUUCCGGGGUUAUCGCUGGAUUUCACCAGCAUUCGUUAUUUCUUUUUCUCAGCGCGACGGCGGUGGAUGGGAUUUUGCAGGCCACAGCGCAGCGAAAAGGGAUUUCGGGCCGGUUUUGGGCAUUCGCCAGCCUCGCCUUGGGGUUCUACGCCGCGGGAAAGCUCACCUUGACGGUGAUCCACAUCGCCGGCUCUACUUUUGCCUUGCAGGACCUCCUCACGCGGGUGGUUGAUCUUCUGCAGUGGCUUCGCAUUUUGACAUUUCCACGCCGUUUUUACACCAGCGCGGGCGAUUCGGUGGCCAUUUCCUCAUCAGGGCCUCACACCCCCAUCCUCCAACUCCUCGCGUGGGUGGUUAACGUGUGGAUGAUUCUCUCUUCGGUGCGUGGGCUACUCCUCAUCGUUUUCCAAUUAACGAUGACGUUUUCUUCAAUUACGGCGGAUACCACGGCGGUCGCAUUUUCUGGGAUGAUGGGGGUCUACUUUAUCGGGCAGCUCGUUAUUCUACAGCAAUCGCCCCCGCAAGCUUCUUUAUUUGCGGCCGCGGACUCUGUGAGUGCCUUCGCUGACGUCGGAAAUGCGUGGCCGCGUUCCCUAGGGCCCCUGCCGAUUAAUUUCUACCAGCGGCUGAACGAAUGGUGUUUUGUCUUAGGCUUCACGCUGACCUUCUUUGUACGACGCUAUGUGCUUGGGGAUCUGGCCGCCACCACCGUUUCCGUCGCUCACGGUUAA